UGAAUCAACCGACUCGAGCUUGCCGAGGAUCAGGAAGAGCUACUAGCGAACAGAUGGGCGGGCCUGCGUGACCCUGCUGUUCCCCGGAAGAAACAAAACCCGACGACACUCACCGCGGGUAGCGGACGACUCCAACCACUCAGAAAACAGAACCCCACGGUUUGACACAUGUGGUACCGUCUCCGGUACGUGUGCAAGGCGUUGAGGCACGCCUGCUGUGAAGCGAGUCCUGGGGACUACGACAGCUGCAGCGACGACGACGGGAGCGUCCUUACCCGUGAAGAUAUCCGGCGCCCUAACUUGCAGAAGCUUGCCGAAGCUAUCGCUACGUCCCAGCCCCCCUCUGCAAAACAUGAUGCCGGUCGGGGUGGACGCGAGACCGACGGGGGGAUCGCGGUUCAUGUUGCCGACCACGGUCCUCCGAUGCAACGUGUUUUGAGCGAAGAUAGCACAUCCAGGGAGGGGGAGAGCAGUUUCAUCCCCUCUCCGGGCACGGACGUCAUCAGCACGGCGUCGCCGGCAACGUCAACUCCUGGUGUUGACGUAGUACUCGAGAAAAACACUCCUUCUCCCGAUACCGCAAGAGGCGGGAGCACCCCGGCUGGAGUGGCUACUCGCGCAAGGCCUAGCAGACUGCCUCCAAGGACAACAGCUAAGAAAAGCCGCUGGACGGACGACGUGUUAGAAGGGUUCCUGUACUCGACGCUGGUGGACGGGAGCGGACUCGUCUUGGACAAGCUUGAUUCCGACGGAAGCGGGAAGAAGAGCGGGGAACGAAUCUUGUCGUAUGACCCGGACCAGAUGCGGCUGAACUGGAUAUCGACCGGCCUGCGACGCAAAACGGGGAGUAUGCUGGCCAAGGACAUUGGCGAGGUUACCUGCGAGGGCACGUCGGCGUCGAAGCUCGGCCUAGAUCGGCGGCGGAAGGUGUAUUCCACCUCGCAGGAGCGGGACGCCCAGAUCCUGAAGGAGCUGCUGCUGUUCGUGCGUCGGCAGGCAAUCUCCAAUUUCGCGGCGGCGGUGUCUAGGCUAGCGGCGGCCGCUAAUUCUCCCGCUGCUUCCACCACCGGCGUGGAUUCCGCAAUUUGCCUCGUUGCCGAAAACGGGGGAAACAGUAAUCUUAUCGAUACCGCUAUCUUUGGCAAUGAGCGUGGGCGCGGAGGUCGGGAGCCGGCGGGGAGCAAUGUGACGCCAAUCACUGGGGUGUUCACGAAGAGUAAAGGGAGGCGAAGGUCGGUCAAGUGAAUCAAGUGUGUGUGUAUAGCAGCCAGAGCCGCACGAAGAGAACUAACAAUGGUGUGGUAUGGAAGGAGUUAUGUUGUACCGUGCACGUACGAAGCGUUGGUAUCGAGCCGGCCCAACGCGCGGGGUAGAAAAUAUAGGAUCGAUGACCAACCUGGUACCGGUUCGUGUUGAUUUUUGAAUGGGUGGGUUUGCGUGAUUUCACCACACGAUACAGUCGACCCCGCGUUAAGGACGCCCAUGGUUUUUCCUGAAAAAAACGUCCUUAAAGCGGGGUUGCGUCCUUAAAAUUCUGGGGACGAUAGCUCACCAUCCCCGGGGCCAAUGGAGGCAUGCUAUAAUACCUCAAACUAUGCGUCAUUUGCUAAGGAAGGGGGUGGUUUGCCUCGGUAGAACAAGGGCCGUUCCCAGCCCGGAGAACAUGAGGAGCGUGGUCACCCGUCGAGCCACGGAACAUGUUGUUGGCGCAUCCGAUGUUGAGGACUUGACAGCGGUACUCUCACGAGACCAGCUUGGUCGGGCCCGGAGUGUGCGCAUGCCGGAUGUUUUAGGGGCUGCCGUGGAAGAAAUGCGGCGGAUAAGACGGUCGGUUGGUUUUGGGAGAAAGCCACUCUAAGUGCGGAAAAAUGGAUCGACGUAACCUGGUUUUCUUUCCUGGCGUCGGU